AUGGGAGCGAUGGUGAUAAGUCCCUGCUCGCCUGCUCAUGGUGAUGGUGGUGGUGGUGGUGGUGGUGGUGGUGGUGGUGGUGGUGGUGGUGGUGGUGGUGGUGGUGGUGGUGGUGGUGGUGGUGGUGGUGGUGGUGGUGGUGGUGGUGGUGGUGGUGGUGGUGGUGGUGGUGGUGGUGGUGGUGGUGGUGGUGGUGGUGGUGGUGGUGGUGGUGGUGGUGGUGGUGGUGGUGGUGGUGGUGGUGGUGGUGGUGGUGAUGGUGGUGGUGGUGGUGGUGAUGGUGGUGGUGGUGAUGGUGGUGGUGAUAAUUGUUGUUCAUGA